CGGAGGUCCAGGUGGUCGAGUCUGCGUAAAAACGCACCAAACAUUCACCGAACUCCUGUGGAGCCAGCAGCGAGCGUCUCUCAAAAAGAAAAGAGAAGCUGCUGGAGCCUCGAUGGAGGAAUAAUCUGUGUAUCCAGAGGAAGAACCUGCGGGAUUUGCUGCUGGAGAAACAAUCAAAUAGCGAGCGGAGCGCUGCGAAGAGGAACGAGACAUACCGGGACCGAAGUGCUCCACAGGCUGAACUCUACACUUUGUUUUUGACAAAUCAAUUUAUUUUCCUAAGAACAAGACGGCGUGUUGCGGCGACCCGUGGAGAUAUGUUCAAGAAAAGCAAGAGUAAAGUGCUGGUGGAUUAUGCGUCAGAGGAAGAGGACAUGUCCUGGCACUAUCAUCACUCCUACAAGGACAAAGAUAUCACAGGAGAGGAAGAGGAGGAGGAAGCUGUCAUUGAUGUGUCCAAGGAGGACAAGGUGAAGAAGAACAUGUCCAAGAAGGAGAGGAGGGAGAAGAAGAUGUUCUCCUCUAAAGAUGACGAGCACUUCUUGUUGACGGGAGUGAAACUGGCUGACCGCAGAGGGUCUCACAAGAAAAUCAAAGACGAUGAGAAGGAUAAAGAAAAGAAGGACAAGCCGGAGAAGGGCCACUGUUUCUGGGAGAGCGUCACCAUGACCAUGAGGCAGAUCUCGCCCGCCAAGAAGCUGGAGAAGAUGGAGGGCUGGGAGCCGCCUCAGCUGGAGGACUUAAACGAGACCACCACUGACGACACCCCGGAGGACAAGAGCCCGGAAGGGGACUCGCCGUCGCCUCAACCCGAGGCUCCAGGCCUUCCGUUGGACCUGGCCUCCUGGGGGGGGCAGGGCCUGGAAGAGGACUCUUCCCGCUACGCUAACCUGUCGGACUCCAGGGAUUCGACAGCGGCUGUCACGUGGACGUCUCGUGCCAAGGUCAAGCUGGCCGGCAUCAGCAGGAUGAGCAGAGGGAUUGUGUCGGACGUCGCGUGGGAGGGGUUUAAAUAGUAGCCCUUUAAACCUAUGAUACCCCCUCUGUCCUUCAACACCGGCGUGAUGAGGAUGAAGACCUGAACCAAAUAUCUGCUCGUCUUCGGAAUGUCUUUAAAUUGAACAGGUGCUAACUGAUAUUGAGCUGAUGUCCUGUAGUAAAGACCUGCGAAUGAAACAUGAAGAUUGACUUUGGUAUUUUAGCUUUAAAGUCAAUGAAGAGCUGGUGUUAGUUUGAUCAAUGGGCUCUUUUUUCUUGCGAAAGUUUUGAAUCACUGGUAUAAAUUGUAUAGUAAUAACAAAUGAACGCCUUAAAAUGCCUGACCUGUAGAUAUGUGAUUUAAAAAGUGAUUUUCAUGUAAUUUUUUGUGGCUGUUUUUUGUUUUAGUAUUAGAGAACUGAUGAAGAAUAUGCAAACCUACUCCAGAUUUUAUAAAGUUAGAAUGGUUCUGUUCUUUCAUGUCUAUGCUGUUACAGAAUGUGAGGUUGAAGCCUUAACUUAUGCAUCAAUACUGAGCUGUGCAAUCUGGCAUACCGGUGUGUGUAACUGUUGCUGUGUGUGUGGUUGUGUGUGAGAGGCAGAGUUAGAGGUAAAGGAAGAUAAAGACAGAAGCCAGAUUCAGACAUGAGCUCCAUUAAAUGUCCAGAAAAAUUGGUUCUGGACAUUUUACGGAGUUUGAUUUUUAUAUAUAUAGAACACAGCUGGAGAUUGUCCGAGUCAGACAAGUUCACAACAACAGGGAACUGCUGCGGAAAUCACAUUUUUUUGUUUCCAGCGCAUCGCCACUGGCGUCGGCUCUUGAAUCUCAUCGUGUUUCCAAGUUGACAUUUUUUUUACCUGGAGGCAAAAGUUCUGGAAAUAUUAUCCAGAGCGACCGACUGGGACAUUAGUGUUCUGUCACAACGCCCCUCUGGGAAGAUGGCAGGAAAAUGUGUCAGUGCAUGUCUGAAAACAGCUACAGACACUUUGUCACAGUCGUUUUAGUGAAUAACAAGUGACGCUGCUGUUGUUGAAAUGCUGCGUUCAAAUCACGUCAUUUAUGAUAAAUAUGAAUUUCUUGUCACUCACCGAAAAAACAAAAUAAAUAUACAGUGCCUCGCAUCAUUGAAAUAAACUUUUUUAUAGUUACUUUGUCAAUGCAUAGUAUUUUGAUAAUCAAUUGAUUUAUCAUAUUAGUAACAGAAUAAAAUCAAAGCAACCUACACUGUGUCAUAGAUUGAGACAUGUUUGAAUGAUGAAGCUGAAUAUUUUUUUCAUGAUGUCAGUCAGAUGACCUCAUGUGUUUUUGCUGUAAAUUGAAACCAGAUCUUCCUCUGAGCAGGAACCUGUUGAGCUCAUCACAAAACGCGCACAGAUGCAGGUGAGGCAGCCCACUUUGGUUCCGUGCUGCAUCGCUUUGACCAGCAGGGGGGGCUGCAGUUAGUGUGUAUUAUAGACAGGCUGGUUCACUCUUAAAUAAUCUGUAUAUUGUGUAGGACUGAGACAAUGAGGAGUGAUUUCCUUUUUGCUAUAGUAAUGUUUCUUUUAACUGAAUAAGAAACUUUAAUUGAAAUCAUCUUUUGCUGUUUACUGAAUUUGUUUGAUUCUGCUUCAACACAGCUGUAGGUCCACCUCACUGGAUUCCUGUAUCCUUCAUUUAUUCACCUACAGGCUGGGUUAUAUUUUCUCAGAGCAGAAUAAAGCUGCAUUCUCAC